AAGCAAUUAUGGAAUCAUGAAUAUACAGUUUAAUCCAGAAGAUUUUAAGUGCAAAAGACCAUUUCACGUGGAGCCUACAAACAUAGUCAGUGUGAACGAUGACAUGCAAAGAGUCACUGACGAAGCUUCAGCAAUGAAUAAGCGGAUUCAUUACUAUAGCAGGCUCACGACUCCUGCAGACAGGGCAUUGAUUGCUCCUGAUCAUGUACUUCCAGCUCCUGAUGAAAUCUAUGUGUACAGUCCAUUAGGAACUGCUUUUAAAGUUGACAGUUGCACAGAUGGCUAUGGUAAAAACUCCAGUGUAGUGACAAUAUUUAUGAUAUGGAAUACAAUGAUGGGUACAUCUAUAUUAAGUAUCCCAUGGGGAAUAAAGCAGGCAGGCUUUACUUCUGGAAUCAUUCUCAUCUUACUGAUGGGCAUUUUGACUCUUUAUUGCUGCUACAGAGUUGUGAAAUCACGGAAAAUGAUACCUUUAAUAGAUACCUCAAACUGGGAAUUCCCAGAUGUUUGCAAGUAUUACUUUGGAUCCUUUGGUCAAUGGUCAAGCCUGUUAUUUUCUAUGGUAUCGCUUGUUGGAGCCAUGGUUGUUUAUUGGGUGCUUAUGUCCAACUUUCUGUUCAACACAGGGAAGUUUAUAUACAACUUUGUUCAUGACAUUAACGUAACAGACAUUGUUCCUGGCACGAAUGGAAGUAACAAAGUCAUUUGUCCAAGUGCUGCUAGUGGUCACCCACCACAGAACAGGAGUGUGAUGUUCUCUUCUGGCAACAAUACAGGUUUUGAACUCUUCGAGGAGUGGUGGAACAAAUCACGAACAGUACCAUUUUACCUGAUUGCUGUUCUUCUACCCCUGCUAAAUCUGAAGUCUCCAUCCUUCUUUGCAAAGUUUAAUGUCCUAGGUACAGUUUCAGUUGUCUACUUAGUUUUUCUGGUUACCGUGAAGGCCGCUCGUCUGGGAAUCCACUUAGAAUACAAUUGGUUCAUAGAGAAUGAUUUUUUUGUACCAGAGUUUAGAAUUCUGUUCCCUCAGCUCACAGGGGUUCUGACACUUGCCUUCUUCAUCCACAAUUGUGUCAUCACACUUCUUCAAAAUAACAGGAAUCAAGAAAACAAUGUGAGAGACCUCUCUAUUGCAUACUUCCUGGUGGGAUUAACAUAUCUAUAUGUCGGAGUGGUAAUUUUUGCAUCUUUUCCUUCUCCACCACUAUCCAAAGAAUGUAUUGAACAGAAUUUUCUAGAUAACUUUCCCAGCGAUGACAUCAUGUCAUUUGUUGCAAGAAUAUUCCUGCUGUUCCAGAUGAUGACUGUAUACCCACUGUUGGGCUAUCUGGCACGAGUUCAGCUGUUAAGACAGUUUUUUGGAAAUGCUUACCCAAGUGUUUUCCAUGUGCUUGUCCUGAAUGUAGCAAUUGUAGGAGCUGGAGUAGCAAUGGCAAGAUUUUAUCCGAAUAUAGGAGGUAUCAUAAGAUACUCUGGAGCAACAUGUGGUCUGGCCUUUGUAUUCGUGUAUCCAUCCCUCAUCUACAUGAUCUCCCUGCAUCGUGCUGGGCAGCUGACGUGGCCAGCAUUGAUCAUUCACAUCUUUAUAAUCCUCCUUGGACUGGCUAAUCUGAUUGCACAAUUCCUAUUGUGAAAACUCCCUCUUCUCCCUGUGGGUGUCACAAGUGGUACUGUGACAUUUGGCAACAGCCUUGAGCAACGCUGUCACACAUGAGAACGAACGGUCCUCAAUAUGAUCUUCUUGAGAAAAGCUGCACCUUUGAAACAAAUUCAAAACACAUCUUUCAGGCACUUGACAGGAAACCUGUCUUGCUCCUCUAAAACCACAAUUUUGUGAGAAGUGAAAUGGUUCAGAUUUGAGUGAGGUAGUUCUCCUGAUUUUGUUGAACAUAAAUCAAAGAUUAAUGAAGCUCAAAUAUUUUAAUUUUUUACAGCACACUUCUCGAAACAUAUGGCUUUCAGCCUCAGGCGGUAGAACUCCUCUUUCUUCCAAAGGAAUUGUCCUUACCUUUAUUAAUAAACAUACUUUCACAGUA